AUGCCCAUGGACGACAUUGACCGCGAGCUGGUCGACGCCGAGCGCGCUGCUUCGCCCGCCAACUACCACCGCCGCACCAGCGAUGAGAUUGAGCGCGUCCUCUCCGCCUCGUCCGUCUCGACGGCAUCGUCCGUCGGCGGCGGCCAGGGCGGCGGCCGAUCGACCGUCCGCCGCCAGAUGAGCCGCGUCUCGACCAUCAACGACCUCGAGCGCCAUCCCACCGCCCUCAGCCGCAUCCAGACGGCGCGCAGCCAGCACGCCACCACGGUCGGCAUGAGCCACGGCAGCCGCACCGCCAGCCGUGCCUCGCGCAAGCCGCUGCCCGCCUUUGGCGCCGGCAAGCCGUUCCCGCCGCCGCUGCCCGACCAGGAGGAGUACGUCGUCGAGUUUGACGGCCCCAACGACCCGCUGCAUGCGCAAAACUGGCCCCUGCGCAAGAAGCUCUUGACCUCGGCCAUGCUUGGGUACACUACGAUGACCUCUGCAUUCACGUCGUCAAUCUUCUCGGCCGGCACCCAGGUCGUCGCCAAGCAGUACGGCGUCGGCUCCGAGGUUGGCCUCCUGGGCACCACAUUCUACGUCCUCGGCUUCGCCUUUGGCCCGACCAUCUGGGCACCCCUCUCCGAGCUGCGCGGCCGCCGUCUUCCCAUUGUCAUUGCCAUGUUUGGCUUCACCGUCUUCUCUAUUGCGUGCGCCACCGGCGAGAACAUCCAGACCAUCCUCAUCUGCCGCUUCUUUAGCGGCUUGUUUGGUGCCUGUCCGCUGGCCGUCGUCGCUGCCGUCUUCUCCGACAUGUUUGACAACAAAUCACGAGGUAUAGCCAUCACCAUCUUCUCCAUGGCAGUCUUUACCGGCCCCAUGUUUGCGCCCUUUAUCGGUGGAUUCAUAGUCGAGUCUCACCUGGGCUGGCGCUGGACUGAGUAUCUUGCCACCAUCAUGGGCGGUGUCGCUUUUAUUCUCGACCUAUUCUUCCUCGAGGAGACCUACGCCCCCGUUGUGCUCAUCGCCAAGGCUUCUGACCUGCGUCGCCGCACUAAGAACUGGGGCAUCCACGCCAAGCAAGAGGAAAUCGAAGUCGACCUCAAGGAACUCCUCUCCAAGAACUUGACUCGCCCUCUGCGACUGCUCUUUACCGAACCGAUCAUUCUGCUCCUCUCGAUUUACAUGAGUUUCAUCUACGGUAUUCUCUACCUAUUCUUCUCCGCCUAUCCGCUAGUCUUUGUUGGCGUCCACGGCUUCAGCCUCGGCGUGUCUGGCCUGACCUUUUUCGGCAUGAUUAUCGGUCAGCUGUUGGCUGGUGGCACUGUCAUUUUGCAACAGCCCUGGUACAACCGAAAGCUGGCGGCCAAUAAUGGACUUCCUAUCCCCGAAUGGCGACUGCCCAGUAUCAUGGCUGGAGGUAUCGCCUUUGCGAUUGGUAUCUUUUGGUUUGGCUGGACGGGCUAUACCAAUGACAUCCACUGGAUUGUCCCCACGCUCAGCGGUCUCCUGACCGGUUUCGGUCUCAUGUCCAUUUUCCUCCAGGCUCUCAAUUACCUCGUCGAUGCCUAUCUAAUGUUUGCUGCCUCCGCCAUUGCUGGCAACACGUUCCUACGAUCUCUCUGCGGCGCCGGAUUCCCGCUAUUUGCGCGCCAGAUGUUCCAGGGUCUGGGGAUCCAAUGGGCGGGCACCUUGCUCGGCUGCGUUGCUCUGGUACUGGCCCCGAUUCCCUUUAUCUUUUACAAAUGGGGAGCCACCAUUCGCGCCCGCAGCAAAAUUGCUCCGACAUUCUCUGCCCCGCCUGAUAUCCCUCACGACGAGGACACCGAGUCCAUGCACGAGAAAGACGAUGUGGUAACGGACCCAGCCGUUAUGUCAGCAGCCCCGCGAAGCGAAAAUGAACAAAAUGGCCAGACGCAGCAGGUUUAA